UCAAACCUUGGUGCUUCUCAACCAGUGCAUUUUCACCAUGAGUGGGUGCCCAUUUUUAGGAAACCGCUUUGGGUAUACUUUUAAAAACCUAUCUGUAGACGGCAGUGAAGAGGACAAAUCACAAACGGGUGUGAAUAGAGCCAGCAAAGGAGGACUGAUCUAUGGGAGGUACCUCCACUUGGAAAAAGUUUUGAGUGCACAGGAACUUCAAAGUGAAGUAAAAGGAAAUAAAAUCCAUGAUGAACAUCUUUUUAUCAUAACUCACCAAGCUUAUGAACUCUGGUUUAAGCAAAUCCUGUGGGAAUUAGACUCUGUUCGAGAGAUCUUUCAGAAUGGCCAUGUCAGGGAUGAAAGGAAUAUGCUUAAGGUUGUUACCCGGAUGCACCGAGUGGUCGUGAUCCUUAAGCUGCUGGUACAGCAGUUUUCCGUUCUGGAAACGAUGACAGCCUUGGACUUCAAUGACUUCAGAGAGUACUUAUCUCCAGCAUCAGGCUUCCAGAGUCUGCAGUUCCGACUACUAGAGAACAAGAUCGGUGUUCUUCAGAGUUUGCGAGUCCCUUACAACAGAAGACAUUACCGCGAUAACUUCCAAGGAGAAGAUAAUGAACUGCUACUGAAGUCCGAGCAGGAAAAAACACUUCUGCAACUGUUGGAGGCAUGGCUGGAACGAACACCAGGUUUAGAGCCACAUGGAUUUAACUUCUGGGAAAAGUUAGAAACAAAUAUUGUCCAAGGGCUGCAAGAAGAAUUCACAAAACUUCAGGCUAAGGAAGAGUCGGAGGAAAAGGAGGAACAAAUGGCUGAAUUUCAAAAGCAAAGAGAGGUGUUACUCUCCUUAUUUGAUGAGAAACGUCAUGAACAUCUCCUUAGUAAAGGUGACAGACGAUUAUCAUAUAGAGCGCUUCAGGGGGCCUUGAUGAUAUAUUUUUACAGGGAAGAGCCUAGAUUCCAGGUCCCUUUUCAGUUACUGACGUCUCUUAUGGACAUAGACACACUCAUGACCAAAUGGAGAUAUAACCACGUGUGCAUGGUGCACAGAAUGCUGGGCAGCAAAGCUGGCACUGGUGGGUCCUCUGGCUAUCAGUACCUGCGCUCAACAGUGAGUGACAGGUACAAGGUAUUUGUAGAUUUAUUUAAUCUUUCAACAUAUCUGGUUCCUCGACACUGGAUACCGAAGAUGAACCCGAUUAUUCAUAAAUUCCUUUACACGGCUGAAUAUUGUGACAGCUCUUACUUCAGCAGUGAUGAGUCAGAUUAAAAUCAUCUGCAAAAAUCUUUGAAGAACAGCGAUGUAUCAGUCUGUUUUUAAAAAUUUUCUAUGAAUUAUCAUGAAUACACAACAAGUCUUAUUGUAAGAUACGUAUAUACAUAGUUAAGCACUGUGGCAGUCUGAUUCAAGCUUGGAAACAAUUUUAUUCCUUCAUUUUUGUGAUGAUAUAAGAGUAAGCACUAAAAUAAGAAAUUAAGUCCAUUAAAUUGGAACAUCGUACAUAGGAUGUUUUCCUAUUAAGAACCUAAUGUUCCCUGAUACUUACCUUAAUGUAACCAUUUAACAGAUCAUCUCAUUGUUUAAUCCGUUAUAAGCUGUAAACUUCUGCUAUUUCAAAUAUUUUAUGCAAUAAAAUGUAUCAUUCUAUACAAAAA